AACAAAAUACUCUUUUUUAGGUAUCUGGCUACCGGAGAUACAUUUUAUACAAUAGGCCAUAGUUUUAGAGUCGGGUUUUCGACUGUAAGUGCCAUAGUUGUAGAAGUUUGUGAAGCUUUAUGUAGAAAUUUGCAACAUAUUUACUUGCCCGAACCAACUACAAAAAUAUGGAAAAAAUCUGAAGAAGGUUUUAGAAAUACCUGGCGAUUCCCAAAUUGUAUUGGUAGCAUCGAUGGCAAGCAUGUUACUAUCAAGUGUCCAGACAAAACAGGAUCUAAUUAUUGGUGUUAUUUGAAUAAGUUUUCUACAGUAUUAAUGGCUAUUGUUGGCCCAGAUUAUAGAUUCAUUUCAGUUGAUAUUGGCGGUUUUGGUAAAAACAGCGACGGUGGAAUAUUCGAAGCUUCCAACAUGGGAAGAAGAUUUGAAACAAAUCAGAUGGGUGUACCUGAGCCGAAAAAUCUCCCAGGCCAGAAUGAACUUCCCCCCAUGUCUUAAUUGGAGACGAAGCCUUUGCACUAAAACCAUACUUGUUGAGGCCCUUUCCAUACAGUCAAAGCAGAACAGAUAUUUUCAAGGAAAAUUAUAAUGUGAGGCUCUGUAAA